CUCCUUUCCUCCUCCUCAAAUCCCCUCUCGCUUUCUCUCUCUUAACAGUUUUUGAUUCUCUCUUUCUCUCUCUUUAAUGGAGAAAGCUGAGAGCUCGAUGAACAGUGAUUUGCAGCGAGGAGAAGAUGCGGAAGAAGUCGGGUCGGAGUCGACCCAUCACUUGACGGUUCCGCCCGGAUUGAAUCCGGACGAGUUCGAGGAGCUGAGGCCGUGGGCGAUUGAGUUCCACACCUACCGAGUCAACUCGGGCCAAUGCUCCUCCCUGCUGGCGCAGCGAAUCCACGCGCCGCCGGACACGGUGUGGUCCGUGGUGCGCCAGUUCGACAAGCCGCACACCUACAAGCACUUCAUCAAGAGCUGCACCGUGUGCGAGGGGUUCCGGAUGGCGGUGGGGGACACGCGCUACGUCAACGUCAUCUCCGGCCUGCCGGCGGCCACCAGCACCGAGCGCCUCGACAUCCUCGACGACGCCCGCCGCGUCACGGGCUUCAGCAUCAUUGGCGGCGAGCACCGCCUCAGGAACUACCGCUCCGUCACCUCCGUCCACGGCCUCCGCCGCCGCGACGGCGACGGCGGCCGGAGCUGCACCGCCGUGCUGGAGUCCUAUGUGGUGGACAUGCCGGAGGGGAACACGGAGGAGGACACCAAGCUUUUCGCAGACACCGUCAUUAAGCUCAACCUUCAAAAACUCGCAUCCAUCACCGAGGGUAUCAAUCAUGAACCCGCACAGAUUUAGCUCAAUGAUUUAGUGGGCAGUGAUGAUGGUAAUGAAGAUAGUGGUAAUAAUACAAUGGGACGUCACACUUGAGUACACAAUUAAUUAUUGGUUACCACAAAUUCAACAUUUCGAGGAUAAAUGAUUGUUAAAUUAUUAGUGUGAAUUUGGUCUAGCCAAUAAUUCAUAAAUGAUUAUUGUGAAAAAAGUUUUUUUUUUUUUUUUUUCCUCUCAUUUCUCAUUGGAAAUUUUAAUUUCUCUAUUUUUGGGUUUAUUUAUGUUGUUGAAAUCACAUUGAAAAUUCCAUGUUUCAAGGGAAUGGUGAUAAGGAAAUGUUGGAGUGAUCAUUUUGUACAAGUUUCGAACAAGGAUGUUGAGAUGAUGGUUUUGUAAAAUGUAAUUCCCACAACUUUGAAACAUGAAUUUUCAAGGAUUAGUUAAUGAUCAUGGAAAUUAAAAUGGCUA